CUACCAACGGCUCUUUGCUGCGUCUGACAUGGUCACCCAUUUGCCCCGAGUGUGCGGUGUGGCAAAUGUGUGUUUGCCCAUAUCGAGGGCAGCCUAACACGUUACCCUAGCCACCGGCUCAUAGUAACCCGGGCGGACGAGUUGCGGGCGUGUAAACAAACUAUUAAAGUCUCAGCAAGCGGAGGCAACACCAGUUCAGUUCGUGUUGUUCCAUCGGUGUGACGAGUGGUUUGCAGUGACGUUGUUUGUGUGUGUGCAUCUCACACUCGGUGUCUAAAAUGGCCAACAAAGCGGCCGUAACGUUCGAGAAGCCCCUGCAGCAUCUCAGCCUAGCCGAUUGGCACUCCCGGCUGACGCAGCUGAAGAACGUCGCCUACACGCAGCGCUCGGACGCGUUCGAGCUGCGCCAUUCGGCACGCAAUCUGCGGAACGAAACCCGCAUCCAGACGCACUGGGACACGUACCACAACAAUGACCGGCUGUCGGAUCGGGUCGCCGAGCUGGACCGCUGGCGGGAGAAGAUGCGCAUCAUGCUGGGGCGCGUGGUAGACGAAAUCCAGGCGCUGCGGGAGGAAAAGUCCAGCACCGAGCGCGACCUGGACGGGCACAUUACGCCGCUGACGGUGGUGACGGAGUGCAUCGGGAUGCGGGACUGCCGGCUCGGGUCGGAGCUAACGUACGACGAGGGCGACACCGAGCUGAAGAACGAGCUGUGCAUCGUGGAGAACAAUCAGCGGCUGCUGCGCGACCAAAACCAGGCCGCCUGGGAGCAGCUGAACCGGCUGCAGGAGGUCAAGUUCAAGCUCGAGCUCGAUCUGACCGAUAAGGACGAGGCGCAGGCGAUCGAUGCGCACCAGCUGCAGGUGGACCAGCACUGCGGGGACGUGUCGUUCAAGACGGAUCCGACGCGGGUCCCGCGCGACUCCUGUACGUACGGCAACUGGCUGGAGUACUGCGAGGAGCUGGUGGCGCUCACCGAGAACACGCUGGCCGAUUCCUUCUCCAUCCGCGAGUCGCUGUUUGCGACGCGUGAGAAAGCGCGCAACAUUCUGCGCGCCCAGCAGGACCGCACGGCCCAUACGCUGCGCAAGCGAAUCUUCGAAACGCAGCGCGCCCGGAACGAGCUCGAGUAUCAGCUCGGCAAGAUGAAGGAAGAGAUGGCCAAAUGUCUUCAGGAGAUCGAAACGCUCGAGCGAGCGCACGACCAAAAGACGGAAGCGCUCAAGGUGGUGGAAACGCGCCUGGAAAACCGUGCCCAGCGCUCCGGCAUGGAGCUGUGCAUCGACGAGUCGUACCACGGGCUGUGCGACGAGGUGCAGAAGCUGCGCGACACGAUCAAAACGCUGCGCGCCAAGAUCGACGCCACCAAGACGACGUACAACUCGCUGCGGGAUCACGCGAACAAGAUCGAUCAGGAUCUGCAGAAUAAGCAGCACUCGCUGAUGACCGACAUCCGGGCGCUGGAUCUGCGCGGCCGGCUCAAGACGGGCGAGUUUGGCGGGCUGCCGACGCAAACCGACCGCAACAUCCAUCUGUCCCGCGUGGAGGACGAAAUUCCCAAGACAUAAAUGGUGUCCCCCUAGGGGCUCGAAAACACCAGCCAGCUCACCCCAUCCCCCCCCCCCCCGCCCCCCCCCCCCCCCCCCCCCCCCCCCC